AUGCUGGAGUCCGAGCCGGAACUGGAACAGCACUGCCAGCAGGCAGCGGCGGAGGCUCCCGGCUCUCCCGCAGCAAUUGCAGCAGCAGAAGCAGCAGCAGAAGCAGCAGCAGAAGCAGCAGCAGAAGCAGCAGCAGAAGAGGCAGCAGCCCCACCGAACGAGAGCAGCAACGAGAACAGCAGCAGCAAACUGUCCAAAAAUGCCCUGCGGAAGCUGCGGGCGCAGGAGCGGCUGCAGCAAAUGAAAGAGCGGCGGCGGUCGCUGCGUUCUGCUGCGAAGCGCCGCAAGAAGUGCGCGCGGCGCGAAGCAGCAGCAGCAGCAGCAGCAGCAGCAGCAGCAGCAGGAUCGGGCGAGCGCGAGGAGCCGCUGCCGCCGCAAGACUGCAGCAGCAGCAGCAGCAGCAGCAGCAGCAGCAGCCCGGGCGUGCGGCUGCGGCUGUGCAUUGACUGCGACUUCGAGGAGCAGCAAACGGACUCGGAGAUUUAUUCUCUGGUGCAGCAGCUGAUGUACACUUACGGAGAAGCAAAAAGAAUAAAUCGGCAGCAAAACAAAAAAGCAGCACUGCAGCGCCGCCGGUGCAGCGGCUGCAGCAACACAGACAAACAGCUGCUGCAACAGCCAGCAGCAGACGCUGCAGCAGCAGCAGGAGCAGCAGCAGCGGAUUCCGCUGCUGCUGCGCCGCACAGCGCCGCAGCAGCAGCAGCAGCAGCAGCAGCGGAUUCUGCUGCUGCUGCGCCGCCCAGCGCCGCAGCAGCAGCGGAUUCUGCUGCUGCUGCGCCGGCGGGCAGCAGCAGCAGCAGCUCCAGCACGAUGUGCUGCGGGAGCACCAGCAGCACCUGCGCCAGCCCCAGCAGCAGCAGCAGCAGCGGCAGCAGCAGCAGUUUCGCGGCUUCGAGCAGCAGCAGCACUGCCGACCCCAGCAGCAGCUCCCCCCCCUCCCCCAGCAGCAGCAGCAGCAGCAGCAGCUCCCCC